CCCACAUCAAAAGAGAGAUCAGAGAAAGUAAUUUCCGAAUCGCAGCCACCAUAAUCCUCUGCAUAUCCAUGUCAAUCUUCAUCUUCAUCCUCAGUGUGUUCGUUAACCAUCGUGUUCGAAAAUUCUUAGUCUCUGACGAGCUCUACUUCCCUCCUAUCACCCCUACACUCUCUCAUUCUUCUUCAUGCAACGUCUCUUCAUCAUCUUCAACAAAGAAUGGUGGGUUGAGAGAGUGGAUAGCUCCUUCAGAGAUGUGGCAUUUGAUGACCGAUAAAGAGCUGUUGUGGCGGGCUUCAAUGGUGCCAAGCAUUGCAGAGUUUCCUUACAAACGUACUCCGAAAGUGGCAUUCAUGUUCUUGACGAGGGGGAGAUUGCCAUUGGCCCCAUUUUGGGAGAUGUUUUUUAAAGAUCAUGAAGGGUUCUUCUCUAUAUAUCUCCACACUUCGCCUGAGUUCACUGAGGAGGCACCGGAGUCUUCAGUCUUUUACAAGCGAAGAAUACCCAGUAAGCCAGUGCAAUGGGGAAGGGCAACCAUGAUCGAUGCAGAGCGACGCUUACUAGCCAAUGCCCUUCUUGACUUUUCCAACGAGAGAUUUAUAUUACUCUCAGAAACCUGCAUUCCCUUGUUCAACUUUACCACCACCUACACCUACCUCUUCAACUCCAACCACAGCUAUUUGAGCUCCUUUGAUGAUCCACGACGCAUGGGUCGAGGCAGAUACAAUCAGAGAAUGUGGCCAGCCAUUUCACUCUCCGAUUGGCGCAAAGGUUCACAAUGGUUUGAAGUUCAUCGAAAGCUUGCAAUCCAAGUAAUCUCUGAUGUAACAUACUACCCAAUAUUCAAAGAUCAUUGCAAACCACCGUGUUACAUGGACGAGCACUACUUGCCAACUCUAGUCACCAAGGUCUGCCCUGGACUCACCUCGAAUAGAACCAUCACUUGGGUUGAUUGGUCGGGAGGUGGCUCGCACCCUACAAGGUUUGUAAGAAAGGAUGUGACAGAAGGCUUCUUGAAUCAAGUUAGAUAUGGGUUUAAUUGUAGUUAUAAUGGUGGUGAUAUGAGCUCCAUUUGUUUUCUUUUUGCGAGGAAAUUUCAUCCAAAUACCCUACAAUCUUUGUUACAAAUGGCCCCGAGGCUACUUGGAUUUAAUUCUUCUAGUGCAUGAGACUCCUACUAAAAUACAAUCUCGAGAAAGCAAGAUGUAAUGCCUGUAUUUAUUUACUAAUUAGCCAAAGAGGUUUUGCAAGGCCAAGAGAUUCACAAAGUGUGGAGGACAAUAUAAGGUAUAGAAACAGGGGCAAAACGGACAAUUGACAUUGUGUCCAUGAGGGAACAUUUUCCUAUAAAAAUUUACAUGGC